CUGUGCAGAUUUUGCGGUAGUAUUUAUAAUAUGCAGCAUUUCCCUCUCCACCUCCUCUCCUUCUCUCUGGAUCUGGGCUCUGAUUCGCUGUCCUGCUCCCUAAUGCCAACACUUUGGAGACUGGAGUGACUCCGGGAGUGAUUUUGGAGAUCAUACUGCUGCAUAGUUCCAGAAAGACAAGGAUACAAGUUGGUGAUGAAUGGAGCUGUUUACUUGAGAGCUCCAUACAGGCUGUUUCCAACAUGGGUGUUGACUGACUGGAGCACGGAGGUAUGAAUUUGCACUUGUGAGGAUUAAAUCUACGCUCAACAAUUCCCGGACCAUGCAGAUUCUGCCGCCUUGGACGUUAUUUGUGUUACUAGCCCACGCGCAUGUUUUACUAUCCCUGAGAAAUAAUGGAGAAGUUAAAGAGGACAGCAAAGCCGGCGCACACUCUGCACGGACUUUCCAUGGGUCACCCCGGGAGAGUCACCACAAAAAAGCCUGGGACCGUGCGCUCUCGCCGGGGUACGCCACAGGUGCGUCCUCGGAGGCUCAGCGGGCGAUUAUCCGAGGGCCCCUGAACUCCACUCACCCAUGGAAGAGGGUAAUUGCUGGGGAGACAAGGCGACACAACAAACGCGACUUCAUUAGGACUGUGACCCCCGUGGAGGAUCCCCACGCUGCCUCACAUUGGGACCCGACGCGCCACCACAAUAGGAGGAUAAAGUUGAAUGGUAGUACGGGGACGCCAGCAGGUGGACACUACAAUGCCGCUAAGCCCUCUUCAAUGGGGGAGGGGGGGGGGCUCGAUGAUAGCGACAGGCACAGGAGGGGCACAAAAGAUGAACACAAGAAAGGCUCCAAGAGGGGGAGAGCCCGGCUGAACAAAAGCGUGGGGGUUUUGGCUCAGUCUUGGGAACCCAUCCCCAAACCUCUGGCCCUCACCUCCACCGACCUGCCCUUUGACCUCUUCACCAGGAGGCCCGAGUUCAUCACUUUCAGGGAGGAGAACCCCUGGGACGCCACGCCAAUCACCCCUCCCAGCUCGCAGGACUUUGGGGAUGAGAUCAAGAACCCCUUCUACCCGGUGACCAGCGAGACCUACGGAGCGUACGCCAUCACCUGCGUCUCCGGGGUCAUCUUCCUGGUGGGCAUAGCGGGGAACAUUGCCAUCUUGUGCAUCGUGUGCCAGAACUACUACAUGAAGAGCAUCUCCAACUCCCUGCUGGCCAACCUGGCUGUGUGGGACUUUGUGCUCAUCUUCUUCUGCCUGCCCAUGGUGGUGUUUCAUGAACUCACCAAGUCCUGGCUGCUGGGGGAGUUCACCUGCAAAGUGGUGCCCUAUGUGGAGGUGGCCUCCCUCGGUGUGACCACCUUCACCCUGUGCGCCCUGUGCAUCGACCGCUUCCGCGCGGCCACCAACGUCCAGAUGUACUACGAGAUGAUCGAGAACUGCACCUCCACCACGGCUAAACUUGCAGUCAUCUGGAUCGGCGCUCUGCUGUUGGCCCUGCCGGAGCUCCUCAUCCGACAGCUGGUGACCGAGGACACAGGAAAUCCUGACGAGCCUCCAGUUGAACGUUGCAUCAUCAGGAUAUCCACCUCGCUCCCCGACAUGCUAUACAUUCUGGGUUUGACCUACGAGGGCGCCAGGCUUUGGUGGUGCUUCGGCUGCUACUUCUGCCUCCCCACCCUCUUCACCAUCGGCUGCUCUUUGGUGACGGCGCGUAAGAUCCGUCGGGCGGAGCAAGCCAGCGUGCGCAGCAACAAGAAGCAGAUCCGUCUGGAGAGCCAGAUGAACUGCACCGUCGUGGCGCUGGCGAUCGUGUACGGAGCGUGCGUGGUGCCGGAGAACAUCUGCAACAUAGUGUCCGCGUACAUGGCGGCCGGUGUUCCUGAACACACCAUGUCCGUCCUCCAUCUUCUGUCCCAGCUGCUGCUCUUCUGUCGGGCCGCGGUGACUCCGGCGCUGCUGCUCCUCCUGUGCCGUCCGCUAGGAAGAGCUUUCCUGGACUGCUGCUGCUGCUGCUGCUGUAACCACGCGCCUUCCUCGGCAACCGGCAGCGACGAUAACGAACACGAGUGCACCACCGAGCUGGAGCUGUCUCCGUUCAGCACCAUCCGCAGGGAGCUGAGUAACUACACCCCUGCAGGCUCCCACUGCUAAACUGACGUUCCUCAUCAGGGAUGGAGACUUCACUAGCCUGCUAUUAGCCUUCAGCUAGCGUUUCUCGGACUCGGCUAGGAGAGAUAUGCCUUAGCUAGUCUAGUCACAUUUUUAAAUGGGUGCAUGAAUAAAGUGGGACACUGAAUAAUCACAUUCAGCCAGUGUCCUAAAUCCUUAACUUUCAUUCCUUACAAUAAUCCUCUACAUUCACUGUAACCUGUAUGACCCUAAUUUCACAGGAAAGCGUACAAAAAGCAUCUUCUUCACUCAUGCCCUGGGGUGCUCUUCAAACAGGGUCAGUACUUGCCUGAACCUGUAAUACUUACAAUUACAACAAAUACUUACAAACCUGCCUGCUGUAUGACCUUCUAUGCCUGAAUAUCAGUUCGGAUUAACCUACCUGGUUCCUUAAAAGAGGUUCAAUGAGGUAAUAUCUUCUUAAAUUGAAAAAAAAAUGUCCCUCAGUCUCAUUGUAUGGGCAGGUUAAGCUAAAACUAUUUAUACUGUUACACAGGAAUAUCAUUGUACAGUAUGCAUCACAAUAUGUUCUGGUUAAUUUAAUAAAAUCACUUAAAUCACUUGGGAUGAUGAAGUGUAUUUGGCCGUCAUUUAAUAAUAAUUAUGUAUGGGAAACUAUACUGUAUUAUUAUCAAUGCCAAUCAUCUUCCUAGUGAGUCAUUGUUGAAAUUCUGGAGACUAAUUAAUCAAGCCUAACCUUGUAUAAUAACUCAAAAAUGUGGGCACACACUGCCUAUAUAGAAAUACAGGACUCAGUUUACAGACUAUAUAAGCUGCAUAUGUACAGUUCAUGUAAUGCUGCACACAAGGGAACAAGGAUAAUUAAACUAGCGCAGGGUGUCUCUCAGUAAUGACAGUUUGCAAGAGAAGAAGAGAGUGGGUUGGACGAUCCAAAUGUACACAACAAAACUUAAACUGUAUAUUGAAAAAUAUCCAGGGGACUCAAACAUUACUGGGCUGGUCUCAGAGAUACAUAAACACGGACUUAAGUGGAAUGAAAAUGGACUCAAAUUGGAGUCGAAUGGAUUGGAAAGGAGUCAAAUGAAAUUGAAUGGAGGGAAUAUAAAUACAGAGAACUGCAAGGGAUGGACUCAACACGGACUGGUCUGAAUAUAAAUAUCUGCACUACACUGUUGUAUCAUGUUACGCCUUACACGUUGGGCUGUAUAUAAACUGUACACUUUCUUUGGUGCUCUUACUGUAUGAUAAAUGCGCUGUGAACAACAAA